GUGAGGAUCUUGAGACACCACCCAGCUGCCACAACCCCUGCCUGCCAGUACCAUGAAGCUCUCUGCAGCCGCCCUCUCUGUCAUCCUCGCCGUUGCUGCCCUUUGUGCUCCUGCAUCUGCCUCUCUAUAUGCCUCGGACACCACUCCUUGCUGCUUUGCCUACAUCUCCCGGCCACUGCCCCGCACCCACAUCAAGGAGUAUUUCUAUACCAGCAGCAAAUGCUCCAACCUAGCGGUCGUGUAUUCAAAGAUGAACUUGGGUCUUCAUGAAUCACUCAAGAUUUGUUACCCGAAAGAACCGCCAGGUGUGUGCCAAUCCUGAGAAGAAGUGGGUUCGAGAGUACAUCAACUCUUUGGAGAUGAGCUAGGCAAGGGCUCAUCUGGAACCCGACCUUGCAGAAACUCAGCUGCUGCCGCCUGCCCUAGUCUUAAGCGGUUUAGGAAGCUUCUCCUCAAUCCCUGUUCUGCUUCGCUCUUGGGAGGGCAUCGAUUCUACCACCAAGCAGCAGUGGGAACAGCUUUUGCCCUACUUGAAGCCUCAAAGAGUGAUUUAGGCCCUGCCUUUGCCACAGGGAGUCCCUCAGUUCCCACCCAGCUUCAGGCCUCUCGUUGCCCUUCGCCCAGUGGCAAAGAAGGAAAAUCAGCACGCCUCUGAAGGCAAAGAAGCAAGGCUGGGCCCCCGUAAGAAUUCCCAAUGGCCUGUGUGUCCAUCUCUAGCCCUCAUGGUGGCUGACUGGCCAACAUUAGAAAUCAGCUUCUCAUUAAAAUUCUCAGUGCAGU